GUUGGGAGAGUGAAAAUUAAAAAUAUUUAAUUAGUUGGUGGUGCAUUUGAUAAUGAUGAUAAAAGUGCACGCCCCUCCCGCAGCUUUUCAUCCACUCACAAAUCACAAUACAAUAUUCACAAUUCACAUACAUACUCUGCUUAAUUACAAAGCCACACCCACUACUACCACAAACAACCAAAACACAUACACAUAUGGAAACAUGCCUCUUUUUUCUCCUCACUUUCUUGGUCUUUUUGUCAGACAAAUUUUUCUAUCUAGUCUCAUGCCAACAUAUAUCCUACGUUUUAACAAAACAUAUUAAUUUCAGCCAAUCCCUUCUUGUUCCAAAAAGACCCCUUCAAAAACAUUUCUUAAUCAAGAAAGAUCAUCCAUCGCUUCCCCGUCACUUUUCCUCAUCCAGAUUCUCUCUCUCUCUCUCUCUCUCAUUAAUUAAUGUUAAUUAAAAAAAGAAGGUUAAUUAUCUAGCCAGCGUCCAAGUUGAAAAAUUAAUGAGAUUGCACAGCCAUAGUUAAAAAACAAGAAAAUGAUAUAGUAUUAUUGGAAGAGAAAGAGAAAGAGAAUCAUCAUAAAGCAGGAGGUUGAAUUGUUAUUUGAUGUGGAUUAGAUGGAUACCUUGUACAGACUAGUGAGCCUGCUCCAAGCUGAUCAGUCGAGCAGCAGCUCCAAAUCCUCCAAGCACCAAAACCCUAAUUACGACGAAGAAUGCUUCAACGUUUUCAUGGAUGAUGAGGAUUUGUCUUCUUCUUCUUCCUCCAAGCACGACGUCACUCUGGAAUUCGCCGCCGCCCUCUCCGGCCACAACACCAAGUGGUCUGACGACAUCCUUGUGGAAGCGGCGAGGGCCAUGACCGAGAGAAACAGCGCGCGCGUGCAGCAGCUGAUGUGGAUGCUCAACGAGCUCAGCUCUCCCUACGGCGACAUCGAUCAGAAGCUCGCUUCCUACUUCCUGCAAGCGCUCUUCAGCCGGAUCACCGACUCCGGCGAUCGCACCUACGCCACCCUCUCCUCCGCCUCCGAUCGGAACUGCUCCUUCGACUCCACCAGGAGGACGGUGCUCAAGUUUCAGGAGGUGAGCCCGUGGAUGAUGUUCGGCCACGUGGCUUGCAAUGGAGCCAUCAUGGAGGCCUUCGAGGGGGAGACCCGCCUCCACAUCGUCGACGUCAGCAACACCUUCUGCACGCAGUGGCCCACGCUGCUCGAGGCCAUCGCCACCCGCGCCCACGACACGCCGCACCUCCGGAUCACCACCGUCCUCGCCGGCGGCGGCCCCGCCGUCCACAGGGUCAUGAAGGAGAUCGCCGCCCGGAUGGAGAAGUUCGCGCGCCUCAUGGGGGUGCCCUUCGCCUUCGCCGUCGUGCACCACCACGGCGAUCUCGCCGACCUCAAUCUCUCCGAUUUGGACAUCAGAGACGACGAGGCGCUCGCGGUCAAUUGCGUCGGCACUCUGCAUUCCGUCGCGGCCAUCGGCGACCGGAGGGAUUAUUUGAUCUCGGUGUUCCGCCGGCUGCAGCCUAGGGUUUUGACGGUGGUGGAGGAAGAGGCCGAUCUCGACGUAGGAGUUGACAGGAUUGAAUUCCUGAAUGGCUUUCGAGAGUGCUUGAGGUGGUUUAGGGUUUAUUUCGAGGCGUUGGACGAGAGCUUCCCGCGCACGAGCAAUGAGCGGCUGAUGCUGGAGAGGGCGGCGGGGAGGGCCAUCGUAGACCUCGUGGCGUGCCCGCCGCAGCAGUCCGUCGAGAGGCGGGAGACGGCGGCGCGGUGGUCCCGCCGCAUGCAUGGCGGCGGAUUCGCCCCAUUCCCACUGAAUGAGGAGGUCUGCGACGACGUGCGCUCGCUGCUGAGGAGGUACAAGGAGGGGUGGUCGAUGGCGCCGUCGUCGGAUUCCGCCGGAAUAUUCCUUUCGUGGAAGGAUCAGCCGGUGGUGUGGGCGAGUGCAUGGAAGCCUUCAUGAUUGGGACUUCCACCGAGCACAAUCCUCGCACGUGCGAAGUGGAGUUGGUGAAGCGGAGGAAAUUUACAAGGAAAAAAAAAAACAAGGUAUUAUCAUCACUUGCUAUAUAUGUUUUCUUUUAUUUUUCUCCCCUUUGGAUAUUUUGAUAGGAUUGAAGUGACUAAUUGAUCUUAUUGAGGUUGUUAAUUACCAAUUUAUGAUCAUUUUUCUAUCUAAAUAGAAAGAUUUGUUAUUAUUA